UGUCUGCAAGCUGGGGCCCUGGCUGCUCCCAGACCUUCCCUGGGGGCCUGUGGAGAGGGGUGUGUUGGGCUCACUGUGUACAGAUAAGAUGUGGCCUUGCAUGCAGAAGGGGGAUGAGGAGAUGGCAGACCGGAGCACUGUUUGGGUAGGGGUCCAACCAGGAGUGGACCCCGGUAGGGGAUCUCAGGAAGUGAUGUCACUUCCUUGACCAACCCCCAGAACUUGGAACCCCUGUAACCAGGCACCCACAUUCUAGUCCGGUACAGGGUUACUUGGCUCAGGACAUCGGACACAGAAAGAUGUUUUCCUGUUGUCUGCCUGCUUCCUGGGGCUCUGGGUACCAGAAACCCCAGGAAAAUGGCUUGUUCCCAUGCUGCAGACAUUGGCUCAAACCUUGCCCCCAAUGCCCUCCCAGGGCAUUUCGAGGGAGAUGCCAUAAGAACGCUCCAGAGGAGAUGGUGCAGGAGCUGAAUGUCGACAUCCCCUGCUCUCCUUCCUCUAAGGACAAGAAGCCCCACAAGGCCAAUAGAGUCUGGCGCUGGCUCAGGGGGAAAAAUGGUUCAACCAGGAAGAGGAGGAGGACCUCGGUGCUGUUGGCCAACCGGGCCAACAAGCUACAGGCCACAAUAGAUCACCUGGUGCCUGCCGUCAUAAGACAAGAUCUACGCUAUGUCCACAUCUUUCUGGACACAUACCGCGCCUUUGCCACCACCCAGGAGGUGCUGGACCUCCUAUUUGCAAGAUUCGGAUGCGUUUACUCCACCUAUGACGAGGUCGGCGGACCCCAGGAGCAGCGCAACAUGGCCAUCUAUGCCAUCCUGAACACGUGGGUGGAAAAGUAUCCAGGGGAUUUUGUGCAGCCUCCAGAGUCUCCCAGCUUGCAUGUGCUGCUGGCCUACCUGCAGGUCAAUGUGCCGGGCUCGGACCUGGAGCGCCGGGCCCAGCUUCUGCUCUCAGAAAAGCAACACGCUGAGGCCACGGAGCCAGAGGCUACGGGUGAGGAGGACUGGGGGUGCCUGAUGUGGGCCUGAGGAGGAGGCAGGGUGGGCCACCCUGAGGAAGCCUCCGGAGAUUGUGGUCGGGCCGAGAGGAGUGAGUCUUCUCAGAUCCCUGUCCCCAUGGGCUUCCGUUGGGGACAACUUCCAGGGCCUGGGUCUUGAACACAGACCACGCUGUGUGGUGGGAAAAGGGAAAGGCAAAAGGGAAGUCAGUCAAGCUGAUGAUGCUUUCUCUUCUUGGAGCUACAGCACCAGCCCCAGAGCUAGAUCAUGAUGUGCCUCAGGAACUCGUCCCAGCAGCCACUCUGGCACCCGCUGCAUCUCUGGGGCCUGAGCUGGCCCCCGCCAUCCCGGCUGCAGCAGCUGACCAUGGGUCAGGAAGAGUAGAGACCCCACCUGCUCCGUUGAGGCCAGGGCAGAUGGUCGUCAGGGCCCUCGUUCACUUCUCUGCGAUGGCAGAGCCAUCGGGCCUU